GGCUUAUUAGAAUGCUGGACAUAGCUAAGGAAAAAAUCUUUCAGUUGAUUGUAGGUUAGUAGAGAUGAUUCAAAUAGAAACACAAAAGGAAAAGAAAAAAAGAGUGGGGAAAACCAAAACAGCAUCCAAGAAAUACAGAAAAAAAUAUGUAUUUGGUGUCCACAAAGGAGAGGAGAGAGAAGCUGAAACAGAAGAACUAUUUGAAGAGAAAAUGGCUGAGAGUUUUUCAAAAUUAUGAAACACAACAAACCACAUAUCCAAGAAUCUCAGAGGACCCCAAGCAGGAUAAACAGAAACCUACACUUAGAUGUAUUGUGGUUAAACUAUUGAAAAUCAAAGACAGAAUCUUGAAGCCAGAGAAAAUGAAAUUUUAAAUACAGAAGGAUAAAAGCUAGUAGUUACAGCAGAUUUGUCAUUAGAAACCAUGCAAGUUAGAAGAUAAGAGAGAUGGUUUUAAAGUGCUGGAUGAAAAAUUUCAAAACACCUUCAAUGAAAGAAGACAAAAGACUUUGUUUUUUUUAUAGGACAAACAAAAGUUGAAAGAAUGCAUUAGCAACAGACCUGCAUAACAAGAAAUGUUAAGGAAAUUUCAAGCACAAGAAAAUAAAGAUAUAUACAAUGAAAUAAAGAUCAUCAUCAGUGGUGACAACGAGCAUACAUAUAAAAGACUUUUUCUUAUUUUUAGUUUUUAAAAAAUAUAAUUGACCACCUAAACCAGUAAUAGUAAACAUAUUGUGGAAUAUACAAUAGGAGUAAGAUGUGUGACAACCAAAGCACAGAAGAUGGGGGAAGAAAUGUAAUACUUACCAAUAUUCAAAACAGAAGCCCUAAGCCUGGCCCUGCUCCCCACGAUCAAGAACUAGGUUUUUUCCUAGAAACAGGACUUCAGAGAGCCCAUGUCCUCUAUUUCAAAAAUGGGAACUUGACGAGAGGAGUCGGGAGAUUCAGAGAGAUCCUCAGAGCAGUAGAAACAAGAACAACACAAAACCUGCGAAUGACAAUAGCCAGGCAGUUGGCGGAGAUCUUGUUGCGGGGUAUGUGUGAACAGAGCUACUGGAACCCUCUGGAGGAUCCGCCCUGCCAGUCACCUCUGGACGACCCUCUCCGGAAAGGAGCAAACACAAAAACCUACACCCUCACUCGGAAAGCCCGCGUCUACUCAGGAGAGAACAUUUUUUGUCCUCAAGAAAAUACUGAAGAAGCCCUGUUGUUACUGCUGAUUAGUGAAUCGAUGGCCAACCGGGACGCUGUGCUGAGCAGAACACCUGAGCACAAGAGUGACCGUCUCAUCAGUUUGCAGAGUGCCUCGGUGGUCUAUGAUCUACUGACCAUUGCCCUUGGAAGAAGAGGCCAGUAUGAGAUGCUGUCGGAGUGCUUGGAAAGAGCCAUGAAGUUUGCCUUCGAGGAGUUCCAGCUCUGGUACCAGUUUGCCCUGUCUCUCAUGGCUGCGGGAAAAUCUGCACGGGCCGUGAAGGUGCUGAAAGAGUGUAUCCGUCUGAAGCCUGACGACGCCACCAUCCCGCUCCUCGCCGCGAAGUUGUGCAUGGGCUCCCUUCACUGGUUGGAAGAGGCUGAGAAGUUUGCCAAAACUGUCGUAGAUGCGGGAGAGAAAACGUCAGAGUUCAAGGCCAAAGGCUACUUAGCUCUGGGGCUCACGUACAGUCUGCAGGCCACUGAUGCUUCUUUGCGAGGGAUGCAGGAGGUCCUACAGAGAAAGGCGCUUCUUGCAUUUCAGAGGGCCCACAGCCUGUCACCUACAGAUCACCAAGCAGCUUUCUACCUGGCUCUGCAGCUGGCCAUCUCCAGACAGAUCCCAGAGGCUCUGGGGUACGUCCGCCAAGCUCUUCAACUUCAAGGUGAUGACGCCAACUCCCUGCACCUCCUUGCCCUCCUACUGUCUGCACAAAAGCAUUACCACGAUGCUCUGAAUAUCAUUGACAUGGCCCUCAGUGAAUAUCCGGAGAAUUUUAUACUACUGUUUUCCAAAGUGAAGUUGGAGUCUCUCUGCCGGGGCCCAGAUGAGGCGCUCCUCACUUGUAAGCACAUGUUACAAAUAUGGAAAUCCUGCUACAACCUAACCAAUCCCAGUGAUUCUGGACGUGGGAGCAGCCUCUUAGAUAGAACCAUUGCUGACAGACGACAGCUUAACACAAUUACUUUGCCAGACUUCAGCGAUCCCGAGACAGUGUCAGAUACCUCCUCCUCCUCCUCUUCUCUUUCAAGAACCGAAUCUCCUCUCCACCUGUUUGUGUCUCCUCAUCUUCGUUCUCAUCCUAAACCUGACAUCUUUGUGUGGCCCCCCACGGCUCAUUCAUUCAAUGACCCAAGUCCCCGCCAGGAACCCUCUCUGUGCAACUCUCCAGAAGUAUACUUUCAUGGUUUUCCCUCCCUUUUUUCAGUUAGCUCUGUCCAUGCCACAUCCGUGGCAGCAUCCAGAGUGGAACAGGCACUGUCUGAAGUGGCCUCGUCUCUGCAGAGCAGUGCCCCCAAGCAGGGCCCGCUACACCCCUGGAUGACGCUGGCGCAGAUCUGGCUCCAUGCAGCUGAAGUCUACAUUGGCAUCGGGAAACCUGCAGAAGCCACAGCCUGUACUCAGGAAGCUGCCAACCUCUUCCCGAUGUCCCAUAACGUCCUGUACAUGCGCGGCCAGGUCGCAGAGCUCCGAGGAAACCUUGAGGAAGCCCGGCGGUGGUACGAAGAAGCCUUAUCCAUCAGUCCCACCCACGUGAGGAGCAUGCAGCGACUGGCCCUGAUCCUUCAUCAGCUGGGCCGCUACAGUCUAGCGGAGAAGAUCCUCCGGGAUGCGGUGCAGGUGAACUCGACAGCCCACGAGGUCUGGAACGGGCUGGGCGAGGUCCUGCAAGCCCAGGGCAACGACGCAGCGGCCACCGAGUGCUUCCUGACAGCCCUGGAGCUGGAGGCCAGCAGCCCAGCCGUGCCCUUCACCAUCAUCCCCCGGGUGCUCUGAGCAGGCGCCUGCCAGCCUCACUGCCGCUAAGGCCCCCAGGCCCCCCCUCCGCCCCGGGCGCCCCCCGCACCAAGGCCAUGGAGGAGCGUGCGACUGGCCACACUGAGCUAAGCGAACGAGCCCCGGUCCAUUGCUCUCUCCACGUGCAUUUCUGUUGUUGUGCUGACCAGCCCGGUGAUAGUUUCUGAACCUACUGACAUUGUUCAAAAUGGAUUAUGUGCCAUAUUUUGUUAGUCGACAUCUGCGUUUUAAAGUCAAAUGAUAAUGGACUUAAUCAGCAAAUGUAGACGAAUAUAUUCAAAAGUAAAAUUCAGUGGCAGAGCAGAUUAUUUUUAUCAGAGCUGUAGACUCUCCUCCCCUACCAUCCCCGCCCCAACCUCCGCCUGGAAACCAAAUGUGAAUUUUCCAUUUCCCACCUCAGUCCUAGUCCAAGCCAGGACACCAGCUGACGAUCUCUUGGUUUUGUUGUCAGUAACUACACCGUGUGAAUUCCUGUCCUCACUUAGAGCAAAGCCUGAUGUGAGAAUGUUUCUAUUUCACCAAUAUAUGCCUGUUACAAGAGAAGGAAAUAGGAGCUAUUUAAGUUUAACUUUUUUAUGUGAAUUCAGAGUUUAUUUAUCGAUGGAAAUAUGUACAAAGAAGCUUCAAAUGGAAUAUUUACCGACAUUCCUUAUACAUGACAGACACUUGGCUAAAUGGGAAGAUGAUGUUAAUAAUAAAACGAUUUUUAAAUGGA